GAGUACUGCAAUGUGCGCAUGCCUGCACCAGGCGUUCCUCUCAACCUCGACACUGACUUCCUUGUGUGCUGUUCCUGCACGGACGACUGCCAGGAUAAGUCUCGUUGCGAGUGCUGGCAGUUAACGCUCGAGAGCAACAAGAGACUCCCGCCUAAACUUCAGCUCAACGACCCUGGCUACGUGCACAGGCGCCUCUACGAACAAGUCACUUCAGGCAUAUUCGAAUGUAACUCCAGAUGCGCGUGCAAGCAUACAUGCCAGAAUCGUGUGGUGCAGAACCCGCUGCGUAUCAAACUUCAGCUCUUCAAAACAGCUCGCAGGGGCUGGGGCGUGCGUACGUUACAUGACGUGCCACGUGGAAGCUUCAUUUGUGUCUACGUCGGCCGCAUGCUCACG